UGAACGUUAGUGAAUAGAAUGCAUUGAUUGUGUAUGGGAUGCACUGGUGCCUGGUAACCUUAUGCUAUUACAUGAAUGCAAUGGACCAGUCGCUGUGCUCUCGCAGGGACUAUUUCUAGGUGUUAUUACGCUAAUGAUAGGCUCUUUGGAAUUAAAUGUGCACUAAUGAUGCACUACUCAAACUGGCUUAUUGGCGUGAAAAACAGGGCAAGCCUUCGAAAUGCAUGCAAAACACCACCUAACAUCGACUGGAACAAUAGGGGAAAUGUUGUGGACGUGCAGAACAACAAUCCGCACCCUAACGAAAAGACAUCCGAGCGAAUGGUCACCACCCACCUCUGGAAAAAAGGCUACAAAGUAAUCAAGAAAAUCGGGGAGGGCACAUUUUCAGAGGUGGUGAAAACGCAGAGCCUGAAAGAUGGGAAGUUCUACGCAUGUAAAACCAUGAAGCAGACAAUUAACAAUCUGGAGCAGGCCAACAACCUGCGGGAAGUCCAGGCAAUGAAGAGACUGAGCCCACAUGCAAAUAUCAUCCAGCUACAUGAACUGAUUUUUGACAAAGAAACUGGAACUGUGUCUUUGAUUUGUGAGCUGAUGGAGAUGAACAUCUUUGAGUUCAUACAAGGAAGAGAAACGCCACUGCCUGACCAUACAGUAAAGAACUACAUGUACCAGCUUUGCAAGUCACUUGAACAUAUGCACAGCUGUGGGAUCUUUCACAGAGAUGUGAAGCCAGAAAACAUAUUAAUCAAACAAAAUGGUCUGAAGCUUGGCGACUUUGGCUCAUGUCGGAGUGUAUACUCCAAGCCCCCACACACAGAGUACAUCUCCACACGCUGGUACAGAGCCCCAGAGUGCCUCCUCACUGAUGGCUACUACAGCUUAAAGAUGGACAUGUGGAGUGCUGGUUGUGUCUUCUUUGAGAUCAUGAGUUUGAAUCCUCUCUUCCCUGGAACUAAUGAGUUGGACCAGGUUGCCAAGAUCCACGAUGUGUUGGGGACACCAGAUGAAAGUAUCCUCCACAAGUUCAAGCAGUCUAGGGCGAUGCAUUUCAACUUCCCCCCUAAAAAAGGCACCGGUAUCUCACGGUUAGUCCCUGGCUGCCCGGCUCCAGCUCUGUCACUGCUCUAUCAGAUGCUCGCCUAUGACCCCGAUGAACGCAUCACUGCAGAAACAGCCCUGCGCCACACAUACUUUAAGGAAAUCAGGCUGGCAGAGAAGAAAGCCGAGACUCUUCACAGACUUUCUGGGACUAUGGAUGGAGUAGAGAGCAGCGGGACACACAACUCCUUAGACCACAUCUGGCGCCCAACCAGACUUGGCAAACAGCUGAGGGGAAGACACACAAGGCAAACACCUUUAAUGAGCCACAACAUGAAGCAUGUAGCAGAGCCCCUCAUCAGACGGAACGUCCCUCAUUAUCCUGCAGAGCUGCCCAAGCUCAACAUGGUUGUACCGGGACCACAGAUCUCCUUCCCAGUCUCCACUAUGCCUGCAUUUACUGUCACCCACCGAGGUACACUGCCAGCCAUCGCGUCGAAAAAGUGGCAGUCACGGUUGGCCAAGCCCCGGGAUGAGUCACAUCGCGCAGCUUUCAAGACCUGCAUGCCACCUCUGGAUAGGAAACAUGGAGGCUACUGAGAGCCAAAAACACGUUUCAUUAAAAAUCGCCUUUUAAAACAGGAUAGACCUGAUAAAUAGGUUGUUGAGAGGACAAUGUUUGGACAGACCUGAUGUUGAAAUCUGUAAAGCAACACUAAUUUGUUUGAGGAAAAAAAUGCAAUGAAGACCGCCAAGCCUGUCAAACUGUUUAUCCCUCAUUGUAAUGACACAAUGUGUUCUCUACACAAACAAUUAGAAGCUGUCAUAUUAAUGUUGGAUUGAGUCUGUGGUUUAGUUAUAAGCUCAGUUUUACUUGACCUUGUCAAGUGUUACAUGUUUACAACUGUUUAGAAAUAUACUUCUGAUAUACAAUCUGAGCCUAUUACACAAGCUAAGCAAUAAGAUAUUUGACAAGUGAACAGCCCUUUACCAUAGGUGAAUUAAAUUCUAUAAUUUCUUUGAUGGGGAACAGUGCCUUUAAAAAGUAGUCACACCCCUUGGACUUGUUCUGGUUGUAUUAAUUAACUUUGAAUCACAAAUGAUUAAAUAAGCCUUUUUUUUACACUGAUCACCAGAAAAAUAAAGUCUCUCUUUAGAUCAAACUGAUCUAAAUUAAGUGCAAAUGAAAAACACAAAAAAAUAUUCAGUUGAAUGAGAUCGCCUAUAUGUAAUUGUGGUGUGACAAGUGGAGUCAAUGUCCUGGUAAAAACUAUAUCAUAAAGACAAAGGAACAUUUCAAACAAAUCUCCAAUAAGGAGAUUGAAAAGUAACAUUCUGGGAUAGGAUACAAGAAAAAAUUGAAAAUAUGUAAAGUAUGUUAAUGUCCUGGAGGAGCCAAGUCAGAGAGCAGAGGUAAAUCUAGUCUAGAAUUUGUGGCAGGACUUGAAAAUUGCUGUUGCAGUCUUGCAAAGAAGACAGACACUACCAAAGUCAGAAAAUACUACACAUAGUGGCUUUAGUUAAUCAGCUGUGAUUCAAAGUUUUAAAGUAAUAAAUAUGAAAACGUCCAAGGCUGGGGUUGAACACUUUUUAUAUACACUGUAUACUUGUGAUAGUCUGUUUUCAAUAGCUGUGAAUGAGCUCCUUGGGACAAACUGAUUUGUAGAGCAAUAGUCUUCCUGUACAAACGUAAACAGCAAAAACAUUCACAUUAAGUGCUCCGCAAUUAUUCUUCAACAUCGUCUUUGGAGCACUAUUUUAAAGGCACAACUGAUCCAACUGUAAUGUAAAAAAGUGCCCCCCUGCAGUUAAUAACAAAAGAUGAGAACAUUUGUAUUUGCAGAUUGGGCCUGAAGAAAGUCCUGAAUCUUUUUUUAAUGCUUUAUUUAGAAUGUAGCUUUGCCAGUACCCUCAUACUUCCUCACUUGAAGCAUUGUGGCUUUAAAAAAAAGUACCAUUUCAUUCAGAGAUGUGAGCUCAUUAAUAUGGACUGUGACUCAGUCUGCACCUUAUUGUGUUGGUUAUUGUGACACAUAAUCACAGUAAACAUGUGUAUCAUUUGUAUGUUGUCAUUAACCUGGAUUACAAAUACUUAAAUCUCUUACAUGUCUGUAUAACCACCUGACACAAAAAUGUUGACAACAAAUUGAUGAGAAUCCUGAUUUUUUUAAAUGAAUAAUAAAGUGGGAAAUGUAAAAAUGUUA